CGGAUCACAUUUUCAAGAAUAUUAUAACUUGUUCGUAUGUUAAAAAAUAAUUCGAAGGAAACACAACUACGUGCCAGGAAGAUUUCAAUUUAAGGUAUUCUCCUCAUGCAGGGAAUGUUACUUUGACACUCAAACUCAAAGGACAAUAUUUUAUUUGCAAGAAACCACCACAUGGUUCAGCACGAUGACGUCUGAUGAUAUUUUUGUUUGAAGGUUGGAAACUACACACAGCCUCGGUGUUUUGUAAACCAGAGUUGUGGACAUAAAAAUUAGAUUAGCUGGAAUUCCUGGAAUAAAUAUUGGUUGAAUAUUUCGGAUAAUGCCUUAAUUUUACAAGAAUAAACUUGAAAAAGCCAGAAAUUUUGCAGUCGAAGUGAAAUACUCAGUUGUUUGUAUUGUUGGUUGUAAAGAAAUCUCACCAUGAAGUUGACACGAUUCGAGAUGUUGAGAAAGUCUGCUCAUGCAGCAACAUAUAAUAUGGUUCUACAGUUAUUUCUAAAGAUGAUCUCAUUUGUUUUGAACAUGAUUGUGAUCAGACUGGCUUCAAAAGACAUGCUGGGUGUAGUGAAUAUACGAUUGUACCUGUUAUAUACUACAGUAUUGUUUUUGGGUACAGAAGCAUUUGAUAAUGCUAGUCUUAGUAAAAUAGAGGGAACGACUUGGAGGCAGGUCAUCAACUUAAUGUGGCUGACAGUUCCACUGACAUGGCUGUUAAGUUGUAUAUGUAUAGUGGUAUGGUUGUAUGUGUGGAAAUGUCCAGAUCCUGAAAUCAUUCCAAACUACUAUGUUGGUGUUAUCUCUUAUGCAAUGGCUGCUGUAAUAGCAACGUUAGCAAGACCACAUUUCACUGUAGCAGUGUCUAAUUUCUUUACAGGUCUACGGGUAGGUGCUGUAGCUGUUGGGGAAUCCUUUAAAGUUUUGAUAGCAGUCAUACUUUUAUGGUCGAGGCCAGAGUGGGGAAUUACAUGUUUUGCAGUAGGACUGAUUAUAGGAGAGAUCUUAUAUGUUAUAACCUAUUAUACAUUCUUUUGGAUUUACGUAAAUACUGGAGAUGAAGUUGAUAAAAAAUUUGCCUUUCAAUCUACCAGAGACUUUUUUCCAAAGUGGUCUGAAACUAAGCCCUUUUUAAAUGAAAGAAUGGCCAUGCUCACACAGUCUGUGUUUAGACAGUCUUUGCUGAAGAUAUUUCUCACAGAAGGAGAAAAGUAUGUUAUGACUAUAUUUGGAGUUCUAAGUUUAGCAGACCAAGGUGUGUAUGGCAUUGUUAAUAAUUUAGGAUCCAUGAUUCCAAGAUUUGUUUUUCAACCAGUGGAAGAAAGUGGGCGAGUCUUUUUUUCCCAGUUACUUCUCAGAGGAAAGAAAUUUGUAGAGCAACCAAAAGAUGAAGCUGUUUUAGCCUAUCAAGUACUGAAACAUCUACUUAGAGUGAUGCUAGUGAUUGGCUGUAUUAUAUUAGUAUUUGGGAACAACUACGCUUUCUUGUUAUUAGAUUUAUAUGGAGGAGAACAUAUAUCUGAAGGCUCAGGGCCAUAUAUAUUGAAGUGGUUCUGUGUCUAUGUGUUAAUCUUGGCUAUUAAUGGAAUAAUGGAAUGUUUCCACUUUGCAUUAAUGAAUAUAGCAGAAACAGACAGCUACAAUAAGAAGAUGCUGUUAUUUUCUAUAGUGUCCCUAGUGUCCACUCUACUUAUACCACAAUACUUUGGAGGAGCAGGAUUUAUCAUAGCCAAUAUACUUACCAUGAUGACUAGGAUAUUCUACAGUUUACUGUUUAUCAGAGAGUUUUAUCAUGGGACAGAAUAUAGGCCAUUGAAAUCACUGAUACCUUCUAUACCAUUCUGUAUAUCUCUCAUCAUUUCAUCUUUAAUAAUGAAACUGUCAGAGAGUUUUUUCUGCUGUGAUCAAGGACUUAUAUUCCGAUUAGUACAUGUAGGAAUAGGAGGUCUAAGUCUACUAGGAGUUAUAGGAGUAAUCUACUUCACAGAGACUGAUGUCUCAGACUUUGUUAUAAAGCAUUAUAGAAAGACAAAAGCAGAAAAGAGGGAGGCAGAGGAAAGAAAGAAGGCAGAAGAAGCUAAAAAGAGGGAAGAAGAAAGAAAAAAGUCUGAAGAAGACAAAAAAAGAGAAUAAUGUUGUUCGUAGUUUUAUGUAGUUCUAAUGUAUUAACUUUUUCUAAUUUAUUGAAUGUUGUUUGCAUUUAAAUAGAAAAUAGUAUUUACAUUUUAAGUGCUGUCUUUAUGUUUGGUAUAAAUUUUUUGAAGUUUUUCUAUGUUGCUUACAAAAAGAAGCAUUCUUCAUAUUACAUUUUAUAUCUUGCACUUACGGUGUUUAAGUUUUAUAAAGAUAAGUUGUGGUAAUAAACAAAAUGUAAUUUGUGUGAUUUUCAAUUUUUCAUCAGUUUUAGUUGUUAAUGUUGAUGUUAAAUAGACAAAAUGGCAUAAACAUGAUAAAUCAAACUUACAUAAAAAAUAUUUUUGUAAAGGAAGAGGAUAUGUUAGUUAGACAUGUGAUAUUUUUGGUGCAUAUAAAUAUUUAAAUGAAUUUGAGAAGUUUCUUUUGUGAAUUCUUUCUUAGAUCCUUGGAUUUCUAAGAAUGUUUAGGUUUUUGAAAGUGGGUGAUCUUAAUUUUUUUUUUUAAUUCAGUGAAAUAGAUUAAGGUAGCACAAUACAAAGAUUUUAGGACUCCAACACACAAGUCUUAAAAAACUGUAACUUUCUUAAUAAUGUUUGAAAAUUUAUAAAAGUUGUAGCUUUGGAUAGCUAACAGAUUCUUUCAAAUUAAUGCAAUGUUUAUAUUAAGCAACAGUUAUGUAACCAAUUAUAAUGUUAACUGUGUCUAAAAUAUUUUCCCCCAAAUUUCCACAUUCAAAUGAAAUUAGCUUCUGCAUAGGUAUCCCUAGAGGGUUGAUUUUAUUAUAUGUUGUUCAUAUGGCCAUUAUCUACAAAAGUGUGUCUUAGAUUUCAGAUAGAAUGUAUAGAACAAAUUUUAAACCUAAUUAAACUUUAUCUUCUUUUACGUGGUUAGGUUGUUUACACUAAUUAGAGAUUUAUGAGAGAAUGGAAUACCAUAGAGAUAAUCUGAGACACCACUUUGAAGCCCAUGAUGUGUUGAUUAAGAUUUCUUUUAAAUUUUCUGUAUAGUUAAAGAGAUGAUAGAGCUAAAUUCAUUCAAGUGAGCUUACCCAGAUUUUGCCACUAAUUACAUAAUAAUUGAUAACAUAAUGAUUGCAUAAUAAAAAUAUUGCAUUCUUUUAAAAGAUUCUUCUUUUAUCUAUCUAUAUAUACCUCUUAUAUACUUUCUAUGCUUUUAUUAGAAAGUUACAGCAUUUCAAAGGUUAGUGAUUGGAAGUAAAAAAAUCUUUGUAUUGUGCUACCUUAAACAGUCAGUUUGGCAAAUUUAGUUAAAAUUUAAGUUGCAUGACUGUUCCUCGUUGUGAAACCGAUGUUAGUUUUCAAUCAGUUUCGGCAUCAUCAUGAUACAGAUAUAAAGUUACAAUUUAUUCAGGCAUCAUAAUUAAAUGUUGUGUAAAGAUUGGUUUAGAAUCUCUUCCUUUUAUAGGAAAUUAGAGUUUGUAGGAAAUUUAAUUGGCUCCUGAAUGCUAAAUAACAUUACCUGUUCGAUACAUAGUACCAUUCAGCCCUUUUAAAUUCAACUAAAAAAACUCUUGUACAUUCUUCUACAUUUAAUUAAAUGUGUUAAAUACCAAAAUAGACAUGAUUUAAUCCAAGUUUUGACCCAAAUUAUUUUUUUAAGGACAAUUGAUUUCAAUGUUUGUUUCUAAAGCUGUUACAAUUGCAAAUAGGUUUCAGUUUUCACUAUAAAGGUACAGGUAUUGAUAUUUUUUAGAACAGGGUAGUUAAGGAUGAAAAUUAUUUUCAUAUUGUUAGUAAAUACCAUACUUCAAUAAGUAAACACCAUUUAUGUUAUACAUAUAUUUUGUUCUGGAAAUGACCUUUGCUUUACCGUCCCUUUUUGUGUCUACUUGUGUACAAAAAAGUGUGUGUUAAAUGUGAUCAAAUAUCCAAUACAUAUUAAUUGUUUAUGUGGAUGUUUUCAUAAUCAAAAGUUUGGUAUUGUAUCUGUACUUUCUGAUCCAAAAUUGAUUUUUUUUAUUCUCACAGAUCAAGUAUUUUGAUUGGUGUUAAUGUCAUAUCAGCACUCUUGCUCAUCUAGUAGGGGUCAGAUUUUAUUGAAUAGAGGAAGCUGGAGUGUUUAAAGAGACUCACUUUUCUUUGGUUGGGAUCUGGCAAUCUUUGACAGAGUAUAAAGCACCUGCAGGGUUUCAAAAUAAAACUUAACUAUUGACAGGCUAGUGAUACUGUAGUUAAAAUAUCUAGACCACUUGGCCGCAGAGGCCCCAAAAGAUAUGUGAUAUGUUGAUGGAAAUUUAAUGUUGAUUUUAUUUUUAUGCCCUACCUACGAUAGUAGAGGGGCAUUAUGUUUCGUGGUCUGUGGGUCCGUUUGUACGUCCUUCUGUUCAUUCGUUCUUCCCGCUUCAGGUUUAAGUUUUUGGUCAAGGUAGUUUUUGAUGAAGUUAAAGUCCAAUCAACUUGAAACACUAAGUACAUAUGUUCCCUAUGAUAUGAUCUUUCUUAUUUUAAUGCCAAAUUAGAGUUUUUACUCCAAUUUCACAGUCCAUUGAACAUAGAAAAUGAUAGUGCAAGUGGGACAUCUGUGUACUUGUGACACAUUCUUGUUUAUGGGGGGAUUGAUAUGCAUUGUUCUUUUUAAAACUUCCAUUUAAAGUUUUUCCUUGAUAGUAAAGAUAAAUUAUUUCAUUAAUGCCUUAAAAUACUCUAUAUUAAAUGAACCAUGACUGUGUAAUAAGGUAUAAUUUUAAUGUUUGUGU